AUGGUUGCACUUGCAGAUUUUGGGGUAAGGACAGCGAGGAGAGGGCAGAAACCAGCGAAACUCUCACAUGAUGUGUUGUACGGAGGUUUGUACUUGACUGCAACUAGUUCUUUUGAGAAACCGUUCAAAGCAUUAAUUGCUCAAAAUGAGAGAGGGAAGACUCAAUCUUCAUGGGAGGAAUGUCCAUUGGUUUUGAAACACAUUUAUAGAGGAAAGCUUGAAAGUAUGAAGGAAGACAAAGAAAAAGUUGAAGAUAAAAAAGAACCAAAAUUGAAAAUUAGAUUUUUACCAACAAAACACAAUGAUCGCGAAGAAAAUUCAUCCUACGAUGAUGUAAAAUCUUUACUAAAAUCCCUCAUUAAUGCAUGGAAGAAGUCAUAUAAAAAAGUGAAAAGACCAAUCCAAGAAUUCAACGAGUGA